AUGCCGUGGCGCCCGAGUCCUCAGGCACACACAAUUUCUGAUUCAGGUGUCGAUGCACGUGACUGGAGCUCUCCAUACGACAGACACUGCGACCUCAUGGUAUCUUCGACUAACACGCCUUCUUCAUAUCCACCAUGUCUACAGCUCCUGACCCAAAGAUCCAAUCUCCUCAACAAGCCCAAGAGCGAGCUCACGGAAUAUGAGGUCGCUCUUGUUGAGGAGCACGAGCUCACUGCCGGCCCGCUGUCCCUCCUUCAGACCGCCACCCGCUCACACACCCAGGUCCUGAUUUCGUGCCGUAACAACCGCAAGCUGUUGGCCCGCGUCAAGGCCUUUGACCGACACUGCAACAUGGUUCUCGAGAACGUGAAGGAGAUGUGGACCGAGAAGCCCAAGGGCGGCAAGGGCAAGGGCGUUAACAAGGAUCGCUUCAUCAGUAAGAUGUACGUGCCUCCAGCCUCGGAGAGAUCUUCCCCACCCGGAUUUUGA